AUGCAGGCCAACUACGAGAAGAUCAUUGGCCAUCCUGCCUUCCAAGGCAUCAAGACUAUGGACGCUUUGCCCAUUGCUCAAAACCAACGCCACCUGUCCGGUGUGGAGGCCGUGGUCGAUAUGCCCUCUUUCAAGACCGCCAUGAAGGAGCGCGGCAGUUACAAGUGUGGCUUCAACCUCAUGAUGCUCUCCUGGACAUACAAUCCGAUGCCCUCGGUGCCUCUGCGCAUGAGCUCUGUCAGCAUGCUCAAAGACUACUAUUUCGAAGGGCCGGGGUUGUUCCCCGGAUUGCUGGAGGUUGCGCUUCCGAAUGGUGUUGAGGAUCCCCGCAAUUCCCGCGGCGACUUGCAGUGCAUCUCGCCUCCAGAGAUGCGGGCGGCCUUGUUCGAGAGGAUCGCUGAGGCCAUUGACCGGGGCGAGGAGGAGGAGAUGCUGCAGAGAUGGGCGGCCACGCUUCGCACUGUCAGCGUGCACUUCAGAUUGAUGCCUUCCGAGGAGGAGGUGAUCACGGCGUGCAUGGACCUCCGUGAGCACCUCGUGACAGACCGCAAAGCGAUGGCCAGGACCACGAGGCAGUGGAUCUUCACCAUUGUCUCCGUCAAGGAGGACGUGGAGAAACGCCAAGGCAGCAUGAGCGAUGAGCAGCUGGCCGACUACAUCCGCGAGCACGUGAACCUGGCGGUGCCCAGCAAGGAGGGGGAUGCCAUGUCAAAGACAUUCGUGGGCAGCGCGAUCUACCUCUACAACCAAAUCUUCGCGGACGGGAACCAGGAGCUGCCUACUUUGCUCGAGGAAUGCGAGGAGCGGUGGGGGCCUGACUCGCCCUUCAAUCAGAUUUCUAAGCUCACAGAAAUCAUCACCAAGUGCAAGGAGCACUCCGUCUGGGCCAUCCGCUGCAUCAUGGAUGGGGUGACCUCCAGGCAGUACUUGGCCUCUAUCUUCAACUCCGCAGACCUCAAGGGAGACCGGAUGCGGAAAGGGUGGCUGGACGUCUUCCUAGCCAAGCGAGAGCUCAAGGAGUACUUCCUGAACACUUGGCUCCCAGAGAAGUCUUUCCCAGGACCGGUUGUCCAGAUGUUGCGCCAGGUGUACGAGAACCACAAAAGCUUCCGCAAGUGGGUCCCCAUCACUGACAGCAUCAGCAACAGCCGAUCCUGGACCAUGACGUGGUCGCCAGCGGCCUCGCAGGCUGCACGCUUCAUUGAAGACGUCGUCUACUUGAAGGUCCAUGACGGUGCUCUCCGUUACGCCCUCAAAUCAAGCAAGAAGCCUGAAGAGUGGCUUGACCACACGAAAUUCGACGACAUCCUGAAGCAGAUCGACGAGGACCUGGCCAUCGAAAAGAAGGCGGCCAAGUCGAAGGAGAAGGAGGAGGAUCAGGACAUGGAGGAAGUCGAUGUCCCUCAGGAAGCUGCGCUCGAGAUGAAGGACCAGCGGGGCUUGGUGAGCAGCUUCGUGGAGUUGGAGUCGGAUGCUGAGCUGGACGAGGGUUUGCUGGAGGAGUUCGAGAUCUACAGGCAGCAGGCUGAGGACUUCGUGAACAAGAUCUCAUUGGUGCCGGAGCCGGACAAAGUCUCGCAAUUGACCGCGCUGAUCCGGCAGACAAUGGCCGUCAAUAGAAAGCCUGAAUCACCCCUCACGGUUUUCUGGUACAAUGUAGCUCUGUGCGGGGAGUCUGUCACGCAGCCCCGAGUGAGGAAGCUGCCCAUGAGAUCCGAUCACUUCCGCAGCUUGAUCAGUGGCUGCUUGCAAGCCAGCGGCUCCAAGGACUCCAAGGACCAUGUUGCUGAUGAUGUUGUCUUUGUCAUCUUUGAUGCCGGCAAAGGGGGCCUCGAGAGCAGCAUCAUGUCCGCGUUCUCGACAGACUACUGUACGGAUCAGCCGGACGAGGAUGAUGCGGCGGACGGUGGCCGCGCCAAGAAGGUCAAGGCGAAGCCGCUGGCCAAGUCUGUGAUCCGUGUGGGCGUCGGCUACGAUGAGGAAAGCUUGAGUGGGCGACGGGAGCUCACUCGCGGCAUUGCAACAUUGGACCAGGACGAGACCAUUUACCUGAUCACCCACAGCCUGUUGCAAGUCCAAAAAAGGAACAGGCUGAAGUACCCUGGCACCACGUGCGGCAACAGGAUCCUGCCCGUCGUCGUUCCCUCCUUCGAGGAGAUGUGGACAGAAGACUUCGCCACCAAGAAAGGCAUCUUUGGUCCCGCUCGAGUCGCAGUUGGCGGGGCCACUCGUGCACCGAGCCGCGUCCGCAAGCGGGAGUUGACAGACAAGGAGCCGGUGUACUACCACAGCCAAGGGGAGGGUCUGUUCGCGGAGGUCCUCCACAUCCUCGGCAAGUCAGUUGGGCUCAUCGUUGAUUUGACGGCGGCGGACGGCAUGGUUGGCCACCUUGCCUUGCAGCCAAACAGGCGCAUCCCCUAUUUGGGGUUGACGCACACCGAAGAGCACGCUCGCCGGCUGAAGGCUCACUUGGAGACUGACAAGAAGAAGAAUCCGAAGUCCAAGAAGGGCAGCAACAAGCGCAAAUCGGUAAAAAAGGCAAAGGAGGAGGAGCAGUCCGAGGAAGAGGACUCCGCAUCGAUCGAGGCAGAGGACGCUGAGGAGGAAGACGAGCAGGAAGACGAGCAGAUCGACGAGGAAGUGGACUCGGAUGAAAACCU